UGAAAAUGGUUAGCAACAAGGGUCGUGAGCAGAGAAAGAACAACAAGUACAACCACCGAAUGUCGCGAAAAGGUUAUGCAAACCUUACCGAAGAGAUGAAAGCAAGCACAUCUAAUGGUGAGUUAAUUGAUCGUGCUUUAGUAUGGAAGAAAGCACGAACAACUAAAGAUGGAAAGAUUUCAGACAUAGACACAAAAGGAGGUGGCCAAUAAAAUCAUAAGUACUUUCCUCUUGUAAGGGUGUUUUUUUUUUUUACUUACUAAAAAUACUAUAACCUUUUCAUGAUAGGACAACCUACUUGUUUCAAAACGUGCGUCUCAUUCAAUGGACAACGUAACUUGUGAUAUACUAUCUCAAGCCAUCGGAGGGAAUGAUCCACCAGGAAGGAUUCAAGGGGUGGGUCAAUACGUCACACCGAGUAAAUACUUCCACACUGCAAGAGAAAAACGAAAGAAGGUCGGUAAAGAAGAAGAUUAUGCUGAAGAGCGAGCGAGAAUGGCUACUCGUAUCUUAGAACUGGAAGUCGAAUUAAUGAAGCAUAAGAGGGUUCCUGAAGUGGCCACAAAGGGAGAAACUGACGAGAGCAAGAUCAAGAGUCAAACGGCUUCUAAAAGCAUUGACACAUCAGAUGAUGCAAAUGAUCAUGACACAAAAGAAGAAAAUAGACAAGUUCUAGAAGACUUGACAAUAGAAAAACAAGAUAAGGUUGGUGACGAGAACAAAUAUGUUUGUGCAUCGGUUGAGACUUUGACAAAAGUGAAGGAUGGCACUUCUUGUCGACUUGCAAUUGGGACUAAGGACAAUGUUGUCGGUGCUGGAACUAUUUUCGACUACGACAUGGACGGUGACAACGUGAAGGUAUCAGUGGACAUGGUUACCGAUGGUAAGGUAUCAGUUGUCAUUCGUUUAGACGAGAAGAUGAAAAGCGUGUACCAAGCUGAUCCGCGAUUACCGUCGUUGACACUGAAUACAAAGAGAGCACCAGUUACACUACGAUUAUUACUAUGGGAACUUGAUUAUAUUGGGUCAAAAAUUCAAAUUCACGUACCUGCUAAAGUUUUUGGGUAUGAACGAAAAUGUUGCAUAUACCUCGAGGCACUCCAAGAAUUUUAUCAAAUGCAGCCUAUAUCAACCCAAUGCAUUGAUGCAUUCAUGUUUCACCUCUACAAAGUGAUGUAAGAGAAUGGAACGUUGGGAUCCUACAAGUUUGCAGACGCUGGCUUUAUUUCAGUUGGUAUAAGUAAAGAAGAUCGAGGAGAGAUCCUGAAUGCUAGAUUGCUUGGGACCGCCCAUCAUCAGAUUUUGAUGUUUCCAUACAAUUCAGGGGCUUUUGAAAUUUCGAACAAGAAGAAGCCUGUUUGGAGGAUAAUCAAGUGUCCGAAGCAAGGUGGCAUUGUGGAGUGCGGGUAUUAUGUGAUGUGAUUCAUGUGUGAUAUAAUAUUGUCAAGCAACAGGACAAUCAUUGAAGUAGAUUAACCUCAACAUACUCACAGGACGAUUUAGAUGUCGUAAGAACGGAGUGGGCUGAAUUCGUAAACAAAUAUAUUUUAUGUUCUCAAUCUCAAAGGUAGUUGAAGAAUAGAUGGAUCAUGGUAUCGAUCAAGUUCAUUCCUACAUUAGUUUGAUUAGAUUAGGUCGUACAUAUAUUACAGUUAACAUAUCUUUUGGAUUAUUGGAAAACCUUUA